UGCUUGUGCUGGGUUGUCAUGACAACUGCCUAACGGCGCUAUCCAAGGAAGUCGUUUUAAAAUGUUUCCAAAAGCAAAGAAUACAGCGGAAAUGCUAGGAGCUGGCAAAGAGGACGCCAAACCAGAGCCUGUACAGGUGCCUUCUCUAGAACUGACCGAUGUGGCGCAGCUUCCAGAGAACACCAACUGUCUGACAUGUACAGCAGACGGCAGAUUUCUAGGCUUGGCUCACACCCAGGGCCUCUCUGUGUGGUGCGCUUCCUCUUUCACCCCGGCUGCGGAAUGGCUUCAACCACAGCUGGAAUUGAUCUUCAUCCAGAUGACCAGAAUGGCUGAGAUGACCUAUCUGCUUGGGACCGUGGAUGACAUGGGUGUUGCCAGAGUGUUUGGAUUUCACUCAGACGACAUUCAUCUUCUCAAUGUUAUCAACAUAAUGGAAGAUGUCACUGCAAGAAGCAUUUUUCUGACGUUUGACCUACAUGAAGGUGGGCAUUAUGGUGCUGCAUCAAUAAGCUGCAAUGGUGUAGUGUGGCUAGAGGUCUAUCAGUUUCCUGUAGAGCAAUGGCUGAGAGAGCUGGAGAUGAUGUCAUCACUAAAAAAGGAUGAAAAUUUAACCGAAGUAUCGGACAUGAAAUGGUCUCCUUUUACGCUGAUGAUGAAACUCUCUCCACCUACACUUCCAACGGAAAAGCCAGUGGACUUUUUGACAUACUGUCUGACUGUCGAUGUAAUCAGAAGCAGCGGUCCUCACAAGGAACAAUAUUCCUUCAGUUCAGAUGCUGCAACAACAAAGACACGUGAAAGCCCGCGUUGCACUCAGCACUUUCUCCUGCCUUGCAAUGGGGCAAACGGUGACAGUACAGCAAACCCAGCAGGACUCCCGGUGGCUGUCGCUGUGUGGUGGAGCGGAUCCACUAGUCUCCUUCAGUAUUUGCUGCAAAAACCCCCAAAGAACAAAACAGAUGUGACACCCAUGCCAGAAAUGCUGUGGCCAAAUGCGAAGGAAAUCCUCUGCUCGGCUGUCAGCAGAUGUACUUACUUAAUCGCUCUCGGGCUUGAGGACGCUAUGGUGUGCAUCUGGAACCGACAAUCUGGAGCCCCGGUCUCAAUUGUUCUGGUGCCAGAAGAAACCAUCGCCUUCUCCAGGAUACAGUUUGUUGAUAACUGGUCUGUUCCUGCUCAGGACUGUGACAUUGUGGGCACAGAACCGGUCAGAAUGCUGGUGUCGUGUAAAAACGGAGCAAUUUACAUGGUGACUGCAGGACUGGGCAUGCGGUCCAACACCAUCCAGCACUUCCAAGGACCAAAAGACAGCAGGGAUUUCCCGACUGUUGCUAUACUUGUGCCUUUCCUGCAGGCUGUGUCACUUAUCAUGCAAAGAAGUGGAAAGAUGUUCCUGACAGAAGCCAUCAAGAGAGAAACCGUGUGCUACCUGACUCUUCCGACAUCCCACCAAAUCGCUUCUCUGUACAAUCCCGUUUACACGCUUAAUGCCGAACAGCGAGCGCUGCUCAUACGAGGUGACCAGGAAACCAGUGAUUUGUUGGAGAGGCAAAACCAGAGUCGGCUCUUUGUCUUCUAUUUCAGUCAGUCUGACAUCAUUAAGCCUCACAUUGAUUGUCCCAGACAGCCUUCACUUCACCAUGGCACCCUGGAGGAAAUCUGCAACGUCUAUCUUGAGCAAAGAGCGCAAUCUGUGGAUGACAGGAACAAAGCUCUUGAACAAGCAUGGGGAAACAUGCAGAAAACCGCGUCGGCGUUGCAGCGUACACGUCAGAGCCGCAAACAUCAGGCGAACGUCGACAAAUGAGUCACUGAUAGGAUAUGAAAUGUGAUAUUUUUGUUUCUUCAAAGACACCUACUUUUGUUUCUCUGUUCUCAGCCCUUGCUUCAACUCAGUAGCAGUACAGGAGCCGGCAGCUAGUCUGAAUCAGACACAGUGAAUGAGUUUCAUUUGUAGCUACUGACAGAUUAGAAUUUACAAAAAGCUGCUCGCUUUCAUAAAACGUCUCUUUUAAGAAAAAAAAACAGUAGAAGAAGAUUGCAUCCUGAAGCUUUGCUUUGUGUUUAGUAUCAGGCCUGGACGAUGCGGCUUAAAAAUAAAAACUGAUUUAUUUUUAUUCA